AUGAACCACAACACGUCAUUUCAGCAGCAGUUGUUGCAGCAGCUGCACCAGCCCGGCGGCAGCAACCCGGGCGGGGUGGGCGCAACUGGAGCAGGCAACAACAGUCCCUCCUAUCCCGAGGCCAGUUUGAUGGGCUCCAAAUUCUGGCAGAAACAGAUGCAAUUGGCUCAAUUAUCGCGACAAACGGGACCCACCAGUCACGGCUAUGCCCGGGCGGCAGCCAUCAACUCGCGUCAACAACACGGUAGAGACGGAGCCCAGGUGGACGCAGACAAGGACCAAGGCCCCAGCCAACUGACUCUGGUGGAUCUGGCAGUGCAAACGGUGCAGCAGGAUCUGGUAGAGCAACAGCAGGCCACCGCAGCAUCCACGCCCCAGAGAGGAUACACAAAUCAACAAAAGAAGGAUCAACUGGAGGAGGAGCGACAGAUGACGCUGAUGCAGCAGGAGAAGCAUCAGUACUGGGCUGAUCUGGACAUGUCGGGCCAGGGUCUUAUGUGUCUGUCACCGCCGCUUUUUCGCAGCUACGAGUUUCUGCUCAAAUUGUACAUUAAUCACAACAAGCUGACCACGCUGCCUCCGGCAAUCCGAUCUCUGCGGCAACUGCGUGUGCUAGACGUCAGCUCCAACAUGCUUACCAAGCUCCCACCGGAGAUCGGUAUGCUCCACAACCUGAGAUACCUGUUUGCGUUCGACAACUACCUCUCGACUCUGCCCCAUCAGGUCGGUCAGUUGUACCAGUUGGAGGUGAUUGGUUUGGAGGGUAACCCAAUCAACCAGCCAAUCAAGGAGAAACUGGCGCAGGGUGGAACCAAGGAACUGGUUGCCGAGCUGAGAGAGUCUGCUCCUAUGCCCGCUGCCCCCAAGCCUCGAGAAUGGAUCGUUCUGGAAGAGGCCGGUGGUCGAGGUGGCGCUGCAACAGCAGCAGCAGCAACUGAGGGAGAGUCUGGCUCUACUGUCGCCACAGCCACAGCAGGAGCCAACGCAGCAGCAGCUGGUGCAUCUGCCUCGUCCGACACCUUUACUGUCAUGUCCUACAACACUCUUUGUGACAAGUACACUACAGUCCAGAUGCACGGCUACACCCCGCUAUGGGCUCUUGGAUGGAAACACCGAUCUGAGACACUUCUCAAGGAGGUCAUUGGAUACGACAGCGACAUUCUGUGUUUCCAGGAAGUCGACGGAGCCUCCUUUGAGGAUUUCUGGUCACCCAAGCUGCACCAGCUAGGCUAUGCUGGCCUGUACCAUCCGAAGACCCGAGCACGAACAAUGUCCAAGGAAAAGGAUGCCAAGCGAGUCGACGGAUGUGCUAUUUUCUACAAGACGAAGUCGUUCUGUCUGAUUGAAAAACUGUCUCUUGACUUUUCGUCUCUGGCACUUAAGAACAACGACUUCAAGAAGACUGCCGACACCUACAAUCGAGUUCUCAACAAGGACAACAUUGCGCUAAUUGCGCUACUAGAACAUGUGACCACAGGCCAAAAGAUCAUCGUCACAAACACUCAUUUACAUUGGGACCCUGCCUUCAACGACGUCAAGCUCAUCCAGGUGGCUCUGCUUCUGGAUGAGGUGGAGAAGUUUGCUGAGCGGGUUGCGAAGGACAGCAACCGAGUCAGCGCAAGAAACCAAGACGGUAACAACGUCAAAUACGAGUCUGGCAAGAAACUGCCACUGGUCAUCUGUGGAGACUUCAAUUCCACCACCGACUCAGGUGUGUACUCGCUCUUCUCGCAGGGCACCGUGACCAACCACAAAGACAUGUCUGGCAGAGCGUACGGCAAAUUCACAGACGAGGGCAUGAAUCACGGCUUCACUCUCAAAUCUGCAUACUCGAACAUUGGUGAGUUGGCAUUCACCAACUACACACCCAACUUCGUCGAUGUGAUUGACUACGUGUGGUAUUCGUCCAACGCUCUGUCUGUGCGAGGUCUGCUUGGUGGCAUUGAUCCCGACUAUACCAGCAACAUGGUGGGAUUCCCUUCGGUGCAUUACCCCUCCGAUCAUAUCUCUCUACUGGCCGAAUUCUCCUUCAAGAAGCAAAAGGGAGGUGAUGGCCAGCCGAAAAAGGCAUUGGAUUUCGGUAACUCUGGAAGCCACAGCGGCUCGCGAAAGACGUAA